GAGGAGAGAGUGCUGGAUCUCGGGGCGCGGUGGUGGCAGUGGGGCGCGCGGGAGCGCUAGUCUCAAAAUAACCCGGCGUAUUUCGGUCGCGCCGCCCCCCGCGCCGGCUCAGCGGCGCCCGCGCACCGCUCGACGGCUCCGCACUAUCCGCUAACUAUUCGCAAUCGACCGACGUCUUGGAUGUUGGACUUGGGUUAUAAUGACUUGACUUCUGCUAAAUGAACCCGUGGACAAGUAUAAGUUUAUUGCAGUGGCGUAUUUAUUUGACGGGCGAGCCCCGACGGUUAAUCGAGGACUAGUCGAGUGAGAGUUUAGUGCGUGUGCUGCUGUGGCGGCGUGAUGGAGAAGUCGAGGUGGUCGGAGCAGCGCUCCGAACAGCGCUCCGAGCAGCGCAUGCAGCACUCGGAGCGGCACGAGCAAAGCGUGCAAUCCGUGCAGCAGGAGGAACGCGUGCAGCGCACCGAGCAUCACUAUACGCGCCAGAUGCUCACCCAGCAACGAGUGGAGAGCGCUGGAGACCAGUUGGCCAUCACUUCAGGCAGACCCGGUGAGCCCUCGCCGCCGAUAUUCGAGCAAAUCUUCAAAAAUGCGAGAUUUGCGCAAGGCGGUAAUGCAAAAUUCGAAGGAAAACUUAGGGGUAAUCCUACGCCAGUAGUUUCAUGGACGAGAAAGAAAGCACCAUUGGUAGAAUGUAACAAAUAUAGUAUGAGCUACAACGAACAGACAGGUGAUGUGUCGUUACUUAUCAAGCAGAUAGGGCCUGGCGACGAGGGCGAGUACACUUGUACAGCGCGCAAUCAGUAUGGCGAAGCUAUCUGCUCCGUAUACAUCCAGCCCGAGGGCGUAGCAAUGCCCGCACAGCAGGCCUCCCAGCAGCAGAGUUAUCGACACGUUAGUGAGAGCGUCGAGCACAAAUCCUACGGCACGCAAGGAUUCACAUCCGAGCAGUCCCGACAGACUCAGAAAGUGGCUUACACUAACGGCACUUCUGACUAUUCCUCUUCAGAAGAUUUCAAAGUAGAUACGUUCGAAUAUAGACUCUUGAGGGAAGUAUCAUUCAGAGAGACUAUCACCAAAAGAUACGUGGGCGAAAGUGAUAUUCAAAUGAACACCGAAAUCGAUAGAACAUUAGGGGCCGUUGCCCCACCAAAGAUAGCUCAGAAGCCCAGAAACUCAAAACUCCAGGAAGGGGCCGACGCCCAGUUCAACGUACAGUUGUCGGGCAAUCCCAGGCCACGGGUAACGUGGUUCAGAAAUGGGCAGAGGCUAGUUAACUCGAACAAACAUGAAAUCAUAACUACACAUAACCAAACCACACUUAGAGUUAAGAAUACGCAAAAGUCUGAUUCGGGCCACUACACAUUAUUGGCUGAAAACCCCAAUGGAUGCAUUGUAACAUCAGCUUACCUUGCCGUAGAAUCGCCACAAGAAACUUACGUGCAGGAUCACAAAUCACAAUAUAUUACGGAUACUCAGCAAACAGAGACUGAAGAAAGAGUAGAAAUAGUUGAGAAAGCUCUCGCUCCGCAAUUCGUAAAGGUCUGCCAAGAUCGAGAUGUAACAGAAGGGAAAUUGACGCGAUUCGAUUGCCGCGUCACGGGCAGACCUUACCCUGAAGUCACGUGGUUCAUUAACGAUAGACAAAUCCGAGACGAUUAUAAUCAUAAGAUAUUAGUAAACGAGUCAGGUAAUCAUGCGCUUAUGAUUACAAACGUCGAUCGAAGUGACAGCGGUGUAGUCACGUGUGUCGCCCGCAACAAGAGCGGCGAGACAUCCUUCCAGUGCCGACUGAACGUCAUCGAGAAGGAGCAAGUGGUAGCCCCCAAGUUCGUCGAGCGUUUCAGCACGCUAAGCGUACGUGAAGGCGAACCUGUGGCGCUGAAUGCACGAGCAGUUGGCACACCUACACCGCGGAUCACAUGGCAGAAGGACGGCGUUCCGAUUAUACCCAAUCCAGAAUUACGAAUUAAUACCGAUGGUGGAACCUCGACACUGGACAUUCCUCGAGCCAAGGCGUCGGAUGCGGCAUGGUAUCAGUGCACCGCCCAGAACGUCGCAGGUUCCACCGCCACUCGGGCAAGGCUCUAUGUGGAAGUUCCGAAGGAGCCUCCGCCCGAACAAAAGCGUCUGCACUUGCCGCGGCCAACAAGGAUAAUCGAACCAGAGCCUGCUCCUGGACCAGAGAUUAUUUACUUAAGGCACGUGGAAAGGGCACGACCUUACGUUCCUCCGGGUGAGGAAGACCGAGUUUAUCCUCCACCACAGUUUAUCGUGCCACUGAAGAGUGUAACACAGAUGGAAGGUGGCAAGGUUCACUUUGAAACGAGAAUAGAACCGGUUGGCGACCCAACGAUGAAGAUAGAAUGGUUGAGGAAUGGACAAAGUAUCGAAGCUAGUUCAAGAUUCACGUCAAUAUUCAGGUUUGGAUACAUUUCUCUAGAUAUGCUCAGUCUUAACAUUCAAGAUAGUGGAGAAUACACAUGCCGAGCUGUUAGUGCAACCGGUAUGGCCGAGACUAAAGCAAUGUUGCAAGUUACACCUAGAGCAACUAUUGAAAGGACUAGCCAACACCCGGAAAGUCUUCAAUACAUUCAACAAUUAGAAGAUUACUCUAGAUAUCAGAACCAAGAGUCAGUCGAAGAAAAUAUUUCACAGAAGCCUCAAUUUAUCAGGCCUUUGCAAGAACUUGGUGAACUCCAAGAAGGCAGAAACGCUCACUUUGAAGCUCAAUUGACGCCGGUCAGCGACCCGCACAUGAGAGUGGAGUGGUACAAAGACGGUCGUCCGAUUACAGCCAGCUCGCGAAUCACGUCAAUCUUCAACUUCGGUUACGUCUCCCUUAACAUCAUGCACCUACGGGCUGAAGAUGCAGGUUCGUACACUGUGAGAGCUGUAAACAAACUGGGCGAAGCCGUCAGCACCGCUUCCAUCAAAGUAGCGGCAAGAAGCACGGUCACCUCAGAUCUCGGCAUACCGGAACAAAGACGCUAUAUAGAAAAAACAGAACAAUUAGAAGCAUAUCAGCAACAGCAACAUGUUAAAUAUUAUCAAGAAGUACCUGAAAGUACACAACGACCAGAAUUCAAAACACCUAUUAAAGAUCAGCUGAACGUUAAAGAAGGUGGAUUUGCCCAUUUUGAGGCUCGUCUCGAGCCGGUGGGCGACUCUACCUUGAGGGUAGAAUGGUUAAAGGACGGACGUCCUGUGGAAGCUAGUUCGAGAAUAACGACAUUCUUCAACUUUGGAUAUGUAGCACUGACAAUUAAAUCAGUGACUGUACAUGAUGCUGGUCAUUACACCUGCCGAGCCUACAAUGCUCUCGGACAGGCAACCACUAGUGCCCACUGCACUAUUGUAACCAAGAAAGAUAUCAUUGCGGAAUCGCAACACCCAGGAGGUCUCGAGAAGAUUCAACAUCUAGAGGAUACAAGCAGAUACACGAAGCGAUCUGAAGAAGAAGUGAAAGUAGCACCAAAACCUCGGUUCCUUGGGCCUUUGAAAGGCACAAAUAAAAUUGUAGAAGGGCAAAGUGCCCAUUUCGAAGCGAGAGUAGAGCCUCAGAGUGACUUGACUAUGUCUGUGGAAUGGUAUUUCAAUGGAAAGCAAAUCAAACAAGCUAACCGUACUCAGACUUACCAUGAUUUCGGAUACGUUGCGUUAGAUAUAUCCAGCGUUCGAGCUGAAGAUUCCGGAACGUACACUGUUGUAGCUCGCAACGCUGCUGGAGAAGCUCAGUUGAGCACUUCAAUGGUAGUAGAAACACGGUCCAGUAUUGAUACAUCAAGUAUUCAUCGUGGCCUAUACGAAAAAACACGCCACCUUGAAGAGUCCAAAUUUGUGGAACCAAUGUAUCAAAUUGAAGAAAUUUCAAAGUCGAAACCCAUUUUCGUACAGCCGCUAUCAGACCCAGCGCCUGUAUCAGAAGGUAAAAAUAUCCAUCUCGAAUGCAGAUUAGAACCUAUGGGUGAUCCUACAAUGAGAGUCGAAUGGUUCCACAAUGGAAGGGCUGUGACCGUCGGUUCCAGAUUUAAGACUUAUUAUGACUUUGGUUUUGUGGCGCUAGAUAUUAUUCACGCUACAUCUACUGACACCGGUGAAUAUACAGUAAGGGCAGUCAACCACUUAGGUUCAGCUCACACCUCGGCGAUGGUAAGAGUCAUCGAAAGAUCAGAUAUUCUGACUGACACUCAGAACGAACAAGCUGUCGAACAAAUUCAAAUGCUCGAGGAUGCUGCUCGCAGAAGUAGGCAAGUUCAAGAGGACAUAACAGUAAUGCAGGCACCACAAUUUUCAAGAUCCCUACAUAAUGUUGAAACCAUUGAGGGAACAAACGUACAUCUGGAAUGUCGAUUGCAACCAGUUGGCGACCCGACCAUGAGAGUGGAUUGGUUCUGCAAUGGCAGACCUAUUAAGACUGGCCACAGAUUUAGACCAGCUUAUGAAUUCGAUUAUGUAGCUCUUGAUCUGUUAAGCGUGUAUCCUGAAGAUUCCGGAGUUUACACUUGUCAGGCAACAAACCAACUCGGUGAAGCUGUUACUUCUUGUGCGCUACGCGUUAUCGCAAAGAAGGACCUUAUUUUUGAGUCACAGCAUCCAACGGGCCUCGAGAAGAUUCAGUACCUCGAAGAUGCUUCUCGUUAUAAGAAGUCCGAAAUGAUUGACGAGACUAUUAAUAUCAAACCACAGUUUGUGACUAAGCCCAAAUCAAUAGAAAAUGUCGUAGAAGGGCAUCACGUCCACUUCGAGUGUAAAUUGGAACCAGUAACUGAUCCUAAUCUGAAAGUGGAAUGGUUUAAGAAUGGUCAACCCGUGACUAUUGGACACCGAUUCAGACCAAUUCACGACUUUGGUUAUGUAGCCUUAGAUAUCAUUGAUUUAAUUGCAGAAGACUCCGGAGUAUACACCUGUAGAGCAGUUAAUCAUGUCGGAACUGACGAAGUCAGUUGUAGGCUUUCUUGCCGUGGAACAGCAGACAUUGUUAGGGGCACACAAAACGAAGCCGGUCUGGAACAGAUUCAGCAUCUAGAAGACCGAACUAAAUAUCAAAGAUCAGACAUGGUCGAUGAAAUUACAACCCAGGCACCUAUUUUCACAACAUCGCUGAAGAAUAUUGAAAUCAAGGAAGGUCAGCGUGCGCAUUUCGAGUGCAGAUUGAUUCCAGUUUCUGAUCCCACCAUGAAAGUUGAAUGGUACCAUAACAACCGGCCUCUUAAGAGUGGUUCCAGGUUCACGGAGACCAACAACUUCGGAUUUGUUGCUCUCGACAUCAUGUCUUGUUUACCAGAGGACUCUGGAACUUACACUUGCAGAGCUAUCAAUGCACUGGGUGAAGCCGUUACCUCUGGAAUUGCUAUUGUACAUUCCAAAAAGUCAAUUUAUUUGGAGUCGCAGCAUGAAGGAGCUCUGGGUAGGCUCAACCAGCUAGAAGAUACAUCAAGAUACCAGAGGCACAGUGCCCAAGAUGAAUUUAUAACUCAGGCUCCGGUAUUUACAAUGCCCAUGAAAGAUAUUAAGGUAGCCGAAAACCAGGCCGCACACUUUGAAGCUAGGCUUAUUCCUGUUGGUGACCCGAAACUUCGAGUUGAAUGGUUGCGCAAUGGGGUCCCUAUCGAAGCUUCUAACCGCUUGACGACAAUGCAUGACUUCGGGUACGUCGCUCUUAAUAUGAAAUACGUUAACCCUGAGGACUCUGGAACGUACACUUGCCGGGCUAUAAAUGAGCAGGGUGAGGCUGUGACAUCCUCGACAUUGUUCGUACAAUCCAAAGCAUCACUCCAAUUUGAAUCACAACAUGAAAGUGCCUUAGAAAAGAUUCAACAACUGGAAGGCGCAACCCGUUACCAGCGCAGAGAGGAAGUUGAUAUUGCUAUCAACCAGGCGCCUAGAUUCGUUACUCAACUUAAUGGACCUUCAAAACUAGUUGAGGGCCAAAGCGCUCAUUAUGAGUGCAGGAUCGAGCCAUACCCAGACCCGAACAUGCGUGUAGAAUGGUACUUCAACGGCAAGGUCCUUCAGAGUGGUCAUCGCUACCGCACUUCGUAUGAUUUUGGUUUCGCAGCACUUGACAUCCUUCAAGUAUACGGUGAAGAUUCUGGCGAGUACACAUGCAAAGUCAUCAAUAACUUGGGCCAAGCUACUUCUUCAAUCAAGUUAAGCGUUCAAUCUAAGGAAUCUAUAAUCAGAGACACACAACACGAAAGCGCACUGGAGAAGAUACAAUACCUCGAGGACGAGAGCAGAAAUAAGCGCGUCGUCCGCGAUGAGAGCUUUGUGGCUGAGAAGCCUCAGUUUGGCAAACCACUCAAAAAUACUCAUGUGGCCGAGGGCCACCCAGUCCACCUGGAAGCAACACUUACACCAGUCAACGAUCCAACCAUGCGUGUAGAGUGGUAUUGCAACGGCAGGCCGGUCGCACAGGGCCACAGAUUCAAGACUACGUACGACUUUGGUUAUGUCGCACUUGAUGUUCUUUAUGCUUAUUCCGAAGACACUGGCACUUAUAUGUGCAAGGCUACAAAUGCCGUCGGUGAAGCAGUUACUACGAGCUCGGUAAAAGUUGAUGCUAAAGCUGGUCUUUACCUCGAUACCUUGGAUGAGCAAAGGUUGAAAAAAAUACAGGAACUUGAACGAUUUGAGAGACCGAAAGCGGUUGAAGAGGAAAAACCUGGUCAACGACCGGUAUUCCUUACUGCUCUAACUAGUCUUGAAAAUUUGAAAGAAGGAGAUAGGGCUCACUUUGAAUGCAGAGUUGAGCCAAUUAACGACCCCGAUUUGAAAAUCGAGUGGUUCCUUAACGGUAAAAAGAUUAGAGCUGGUCACAGAUAUAGAACGACUCAUGACUUUGGUUAUGUCGCUUUAGAUAUUCUUUACACUUAUUCUGAAGACUCUGGCACUUACAUGUGCAAAGCUACCAACAAGCUGGGUGAAGCGGUUAACACUUGUACUAUGAAGGUUGCAGGUCACAGAAGUAUCAUCCUGGACACUCAACAUCCCAAUGGCCUUGAGAAGAUCAGGCAAUUAGAGGCACAAGGUCAUCACACCAGGAUGGAAAUCGAAGAGCCCACGAUCAGUAUACCUAGGUUCGUCACUGAGCUUAGAGGAACAACUCACGUAUAUGAAGGCCAAACUGCGCAUUUCGAAUGCCAGGUUGAGCCUAUUCAUGAUCCCAACUUGCGUAUUGAAUUUUAUCACAAUGGUAAAGCCCUGCAAUCUGCCUCACGGUUCCAUAUCACUUUUGAUUUUGGUUAUGUGUCUUUGGAUAUCCAGCACUGUGUGCCAGAAGAUGCAGGUGAAUAUUCUGUAAAAGCAAUUAACGCUCUCGGACAGUGCACCUCCGCCAUAUCCAUGACAGUAACCGCAAAAGGCAGUAUUAUAAUGGAAUCACAACGUCCCGAGGGUCUCGAAAAGAUCCGGGAACUAGAAUCUGUGGAGCCGUUCAAGCGGCCUGAAAUUCCAGAACCGGUCACAAGGCAAAGACCCGUAUUUACUCAGCCACUUCAGAACAUUGAUAACAUACAAGAAGGACAAACAGCACACUUUGACUGCCGCCUUAUCCCAGUCGGGGACCCGACUCUUAAGGUGGAAUGGUUCAGAAACGAGAAGCUCAUCGAAGAUAGUUCCAGGAUUACUAAGACCCACGAUUUUGGUUACGUAUCAAUGACUAUUACUCAUGUGCGUGACGAAGACGAGGGCGUGUACAUGUGCAGAGCCUCAAACCUAUUAGGAGAGGCAGUUACAACUGCUGCCAUGAAAAUUAAGACUAAGGCAGCCAUCCAAAUGGAAACUCAACAUCCCGAGGGUAUGAAGAAGAUUCAACGUCUUGAAGAGCCCUCACAGAGAAGACCUGAUGAACCUGAGAGAGAGUUUGAAAAGCCUAUCUUUACUCAAGUUCUCACAGGGCCUUCGGAGUUAUGGGAAGGACAGCAUGCUCACUAUGAAGCGCGCGUGGUGCCAGUAGGCGAUCCUAGCCUUCGAUUUGAGUGGUACAUCAAUGGUGUUGAACUUAAAAUGGGAUCAAGAUUCCGUACAACGCAUGACUUUGGUUUUGUAACUCUGGACAUCAAUUCCGUUGUCGCGGCAGACGCUGGUUUAUACAUGUGCAAAGCUAUCAAUAGAGCGGGUAGCACAGUGUCUUCGACGUCCCUAAAAGUUAAAACAAAGUCUACUAUUGUUGACCAAGCAAUGCGCCCAGAAUCUUGGGAACAGAUUCAACUUAAAGAAGCUGCAAUGAAUAAGGUUCCUGAAAUGUUUAUUGACUCCAGUGUUCAACAAGCGCCGAUCUUCACUACUCAUUUAAAGAGUUACGACAAACUCGUUGAAGGUCAACAUGUGUUCCUCGAAGCUCAGGUCGAACCACGCACCGACCCGAACUUAAGGAUAGAAUGGUUUAAAAAUGGAGUGUCAUUAACAACAGGUUCAAGAAUCAAGAGCACCUUUGACUUUGGUCUAGUGACACUGUCCAUUAAUGGUGUUAGAAUCGACGAUUCAGGUAUUUAUACAUGCAAAGCAACAAAUCUAAUGGGAGAGGCUGUUUCUACUGCGUCAAUUAAAAUUGAAGACCGUCAUUGGCUCCUUGGAGAAUCCCUUCAUCCUGAAUCAUUGGAUAGGAUUGGGGCCUUGGAGCAACCUAAAGCUGCCAAACCAGAAUCUCCUGAGCCAACUUACGAGAUCCCAGUAUUUAUCUCGCAUUUAAAUAAUAUCGUUUGCAAAGAAGGUGAUAACAUUCACUUCGAAUGCAAUGUCGAGCCAUCUAGAGAUCCUACACUGAAGAUUGAAUGGUUCUUCAACAAUGAACCACUUCCUUCAGGUACCAGGAACAAGGCAACACAUGAUUUCAGUUAUGUGUCAUUAGACGUCACACACACGUACGAAGAAGAUUCUGGAAUCUACACUUGCAAGGCUACCAAUAGCAAGGGUUCGGCUACUACAUCUGGUUCUUUGAGGUGUACUGGAGAUAAACAUAUUUACCUUGAUACACAACAUCCUCAGGGCAAAUCUGGUUUGGAAGCCGUAGAACAGGCCGAAGAGGCCAGACAAGCAAAGGGUAGACGAUCCUCCGUACCUGACGCAGACUAUCCUAAGCCCGAGUGGGUCGUCCCUGUGGCUGCUGAGCAUCAAUUAGUCGAGGGUCAAUCACUUCACCUUGAGGGUCAAGUUGAACCGAAGAAUGACCCUAAUCUGAAAAUUGAAUGGUAUUUCAAUGGGAAAGCAUUACAACAGGCCUCGCGGUUCAAACUAACUAGUGAUUUCGGAUUUGUGACAUUAGAUUUAAUUGAUGUAUAUGAAAGAGACAGUGGUAUUUACACAUGUAAGGCUUUCAACAAAAACGGUGAAGCAUUUACCUCAUCGACCGUUUUCUGUACCAGCAAGGCUAACCUCAUUGAAGGAACACAACAUCCAAAGGGCACUGAAGGACUUGAAAAGAUUCAAAACCUUGAGGACUCUCUUCGAAGAGAACCUGGUCAGAAGCCUGAUGACGAUAGUGGAAGGGCUCCUGAAUUCACAACGGUAUUCCAAGAUAUAGUAGAUAUUAGUGAGGGACAGAUUGCCCAUUAUGAAGCUUCACUGAUACCGACUGGUGACCAAACGAUGGUCAUCGAAUGGUUCUACAAUGGAAAAACAAUUGAAGCGAGUCACCGUAUAAGAACCGUAUACGCUUUUGGUAUGUGUGUUCUUGAAAUUUUAGGCACCAAGACUACUGACUCUGGCACAUACUCUUGCCGUGCUACUAACAAGUGGGGACAAGCUGAAAUCAGUGUUAAACUGGAGUGCGUAGAUAAGAGCAAGGGACAAAAACCGAGAUUCACUACACACAUUCAAAAUGUCGAGGGCUUGAAAGACGGGCAAUCGGCUCAUUUUGAAUGUACGGUAAUACCUGUCGACGAUCCCGACAUGAAGAUUGAAUGGUAUCACAAUGGUCAACUUUUACGUCAUUCUACAAGGAUCAAGACAGUUUCUGAUUUCGGUUUUGUCGUGAUGGACAUAGCGUACACGCAGAACCACGAUGCUGGAGAAUACGUUUGCCGUGCUUACAACAAAUAUGGCGAGGACUUCACCAAAGCUACAAUUAGUUGCUACAGUAGAAGCGGAGUUUACUUGGAGAGCUUGCAGCCUGAUUCGCUAGCUAAAAUCAGAGAGUUGGAGAAUUUACACGGCGCGCAGCAACAAACGCCAUCCACUCCGUCUGCAGAGCCACCGAAGUUCCUCACACAAAUUCAGGACGUAACUAAACUGGUAGAGGGCCAGAGUGCUCACUUCGAAGCGAGAUUGGUACCUGUUGAUGACCCAGACCUUAAAGUUGAAUGGUUUUAUAACGGCAAGAAACUUCCCCAUGGACAUAGGUAUAGAACAUUCCAUGACUUUGGCAUCGUUAUAUUGGAUAUAUUAUACUGCUACGAAGAAAAUUCUGGUGUGUACGAGUGUGUUGCGACCAACAAAUUGGGCCGUGAUUCAACUAAGGCUACGCUCAAAUGCACAUCAAAAGAGAACUUGAUCUUGGACUCGCAACUCCCGCGGGGCAUGGAAGGUGGCUUAGAAAAGUUACAAACGUUGGAAGACUCGAUGAUACGAAGGAAAGAUACCGAUGUUCAGGAGGAAAGAGGAAAGGCUCCCGUAUUUACUGUACCUCUAUCUAAUAUCGAAAACCUGCGAGAAGGAGAAAACGCUCACUUUGAGGCUCGUCUUACGCCAACUGAUGAUCCUAACCUUAAAGUCGAAUGGUACUGGAACGGUAAAUCACUAAAGGCUGGCUCGAGAUUCAGGACGUUCUGUGAUUUCGGAUUUGUUAUUCUAGAAAUCUCGCCCACUUAUCCAGAAGACUCUGGUGAAUACUUAUGCCGAGCUUACAACAACUAUGGCGAAGCUGUAACUACGGCUUCUAUGAAGGUGCAAGGCAAGCGUAAUAUCAUCCUUGAAUCGCAGUUGCCCAAAGGCAUGGAAGGCACUAUUGAUAAGAUAGCAGUGCUCGAAGGAUACACUGGCACAGUAGACUCGAUGUCACCUGAGGUGGAGAGCGGAAACCCGCCAGAAUUCAUAACCACUCCUUCUGAUCUCAUUUUGACUGAGAAUUCUUCAGCUCACUUUGAAUGUCGCUUGGUACCAAUUAAUGAUUCUAGCAUGAGAGUGGAAUGGUUCCACAACGGAAAACCGUUAUUGACUGGUUCUAGAGUAAAGACCAUCAAUGACUUCGGUUUUGUCAUUCUGGAAGUUGGCGGAGUUUAUCAGAGAGAUGCUGGUUUAUAUACUUGCAAGGCUACAAACCGUCACGGUGAGGCGACCGUCUCAUGUAAACUGCAAGUCAAGGGUAGACAAGGCAUUGUUCUUGAACCUCAAUUGCCAUCUCAUUUUAAAUCAGGUACUGAGAGUAUUCAAAGGCUUGAAGAAACUUUGCACAAGCGUGAGGAGAUUAUGUCCGAAGAUGAAAAACCAAACCCACCGAGAUUCACUGUGGAAAUCAAGGAUAACGUCGAUGUUCCUGAGGGUGGACCGAUCCACUUCGACUGCCGCGUAGAACCUGUUGGGGACCCAACAAUGAGAAUUGACUGGUUCCAUAACGGCAGGCCAUUUGCAACUGGCUCUCGCGUACACAUGCUGAAUGAUUUUGGUUUUAUUGCUCUAGAUAUCGAUUAUAUCUACGCACGUGAUUCUGGUGAAUAUACCUGCCGUGCCACUAACAGGUGGGGCUCUGCCACCACUACGGCAAGAAUUACAUGCAGCGCCAAACGCGAUAUUGUUUUAGAGUCGCAGUUACCACAAGGCAUGAGUGGCGAGAAAAUCAAAGAGCUCGAGAAAGGUCGCGUGAGCGAUGUUCCCAAAGACGAGCCUGUGAUCAGCUCUCCACCUAAAUUCAUUACUCAGAUCCAAAGUCAUACCGUAGAAGAAUCAGAAGGCGUACGAUUUGAAUGCCGCGUAGAGCCCAAAGAAGAUCCAAAACUAAGGAUUGAAUGGUAUCGCAAUGGUAAACUGUUACCUAGUGGCCACAGAUACCGCACCGUGUACGACAUGGGAUUUGUGUCGCUUGACAUUUUAUAUGUUUAUGCUGAAGAUUCUGGAGAGUACAUGUGCAGAGCUGUUAAUGAUUUCGGCGAAGACUUCACAAAGGGCACCGUUUCGUGCAAACAGCUGCCAGAUAUAAUUCUCCAAAAUCAAGUACCUCGCGGAAUGAAGAAAUCUGAAGCAUUGACUCAAAUGGAGGCUACAAUCAAGAAGUAUACGUCUGAAAUAUUCUUAACUGAAGAUGACUUGUACGACGCUGAUAAGAAACAGCCUCCGCGAUUUGUGACACAGAUUCAAAGCCAAACUUCUCUAGUUGAAAUGGAGACAACAAAAUUCGAAUGCCAACUGGCCCCUGUUGGAGAUCCUAAUAUGAAAGUAGAAUGGUUCUUUAAUGGCAAACCGCUACUUCAUAAGAAUCGCUUUGCACCUAUUUACGACUUCGGUUACGUCGCAAUGAAUUUUGGAUGGGUGUAUCCCGAGGACAGCGGUGAAUACGUCUGUCGGGCCACCAAUCUCUACGGGAUGGAUGAAACCCGGGCUAUAAUCAAGACCGCUGGCAAACCUGGCAUCGUUUACGACUCACAACUACCAAAGCACAUGAAGAGUAUUGAGAAAAUCAGAGAGAUGGAAGCGUCGUGGCAAGUAGCUCCCGAGCAAGCAGUUGAAAUGGAGAAAGCCCGCUCUCCGCCAGUGUUUGUCAGUCGUCCGGACCCGGUAACAGUCGAGGAAGGCGAGUGGGCAAGAUUCUGCUGCCGUGUUACGGGACACCCGAAACCGAGGGUUAUGUGGCUUCUUAACGGAAACACCAUCGUUAACGGAUCAAGAUACAAGCUGACUUAUGAUGGAAUGUACCACUUCGAUAUUCCAAAGACGCGUCAGUACGACACAGGAAAGAUUGAAGUGGUUGCCAGAAGCUCAGCCGGCGAAGCGGUUGCAACAAGUGAACUUAAGGUUAUUCCGAGACACGAUGACUACAGAGGUGUUUUGAAAAACGCUCCCCGACCUUGGUAUGAUGAAACGACACAAUAUCAACGUACUGAAACCGAAUUGGAGAAAACUUUCGAAGAGAGACAUACACAGCAACGCCAGGGCACCAUUGACCAUAGACCCGAGUUGAAGCCGAAAUUGCACAAAGAACCCGAAACUGAGUGGCAACAAUCCGUAAAGAAGAAGAAGAGUGAGGAAUACUACAACAAACUCCAAGAGUUAGAGAAUGAACAAGUUGUAAAGGAAAGCAGGCUGAGAGAAUCGACACACCAGUACGCUAUCCCCGGGGAGAAGGUUGUGAAUGCUUCUGUUGCUAAGGGAAUGGCACAGAAAUAUCAAGAUACUUUGGAGCAGUCUGAACAAGUGGUUGAACAGAAACAAGUAACGCAAAAGAAAGUUGUUCAAAAGCCGAGAAUUCCGGAUCCAUCCGAGUCAACCGUUCACGGCAAGGAAGUGCACGUAGCUAAACAGAAACAGGUACAGAGAGAGGUUGUCGGUGACACAGAAAUCACCCGUAAAAUCACAUCCACUGAGACGACUGAGGUUGAACACAAGGGCCAAACUCAUGAAAGAGUAGUAGAAGGUCCAGUCAAGCCUAGCAAUCCACCAGUUUUCACCAAGAAGAUGCAACCCUGCAGAGUAUUUGAACAGGAACAGGCUAGGUUUGAAGUCGAGUUCGACGGCGAUCCACUUCCUACCAUCAAAUGGUACAGAGAGAACUUCCCGAUCAAGAAUUCGGCAGAUUUUCAGAUUCAUACUUUCAGCACUAAGUCUAUUCUUAUCAUAAGACGCGUUUUCAUUGAAGAUUCGGCCGUAUUUGCUGCUGUUGCUGAAAACAGAGGCGGAACAGCUAAAUGCAGUGCAAAUCUUGUCGUUGAAGAACGCAGAAGGCAAGGCCGAGGUGGCAUCAGCCCACCCAGUUUCACAUUGACGGCCCAAAACGUUAAUGUGACUUCUGGUCAGCUAGUGAGAUUCGACACCAAGGUGACGGGAACCAAACCUAUUGAUGUUUACUGGUUGAAAAAUGGACAGAAAGUUCAACCCGAUAUAAGAAACAAAAUUUUGGAAGAAGACGGAACCUACACUCUUCUGAUUCUUGAGGCGUAUCCUCAAGAUUCUGGAAAAUACGAAUGCGUAGCUAUUAACACUGCUGGAGAAGCAAGAUGCGACGCCGAAUGCUACGUCAACGCUCCUGCCACGAAAGAAAAACCAAAACCUCAAACUAAAGCCGCAAAUGCACCUCCAGAAGUGAUCGAGCCGCUGAAAGACAAAGUUGUUACUGAGGGACAAGCUAUCGAAUUUAGCUGCAAAAUUAUUGGAAAGCCGACACCUACAGUUCAAUGGUACAAAGGAGAUAAGUUAAUUAAACCAUCGAAGUACUUCCAAAUGUCUAGGGCAGCAGACGAGUACACACUACGUAUAUCCGAGGCUUUCCCUGAAGAUGAAGGGGAUUAUAAGUGUGUGGCCUUUAAUUCUGGUGGACGAAUAACUGCCGCUGCAAAACUGAAAGUUUCCCAGCCAGAUCAAGCUGACGCCUUGCCCACGCUGACACCAUUACGUGACGUCACUGUAAAUGAGGGACAGCCGGCGCAGUUCAAGACGGUCAUUACAAGCAAGGUCAAACCAACUAUACAAUGGCUACGUGAAGGCGCUAAAAUUCCGGAAACUCCCGAUUUUCAGAUGAUCCACGAGGGCAACAACGCUGUGCUGCUCAUCGGAAACACGUACGAGGAGGACACCGGAAUCUUUACUUGCCGGGCGAUCACCUCCGCAGGCCAGGUCGAGACCUCGGCAAAACUAGUCGUCAAAAAAUCCCGAACAGUUAUUUCACGAAAAAAGUUCCAAGAAAAAACUGGUUUUAAUCAAUCUACGGUCGAUCAAAAAACAACAACCAGCAAAGCAUUAUAUCAGUCAACAGAAGAAUCCAAUAUUUUACGACUUGAAAACGUACAAGAUGUUGAAACUAAAACUACCACGGUUCCCUGGCGCACCAAGAGAGUGAUUGAAGAAUUGAAAAAAGAAGAAACUUUGGAAACUGUAAAUUGGCGUAAACCAAAGCCGCAGGUACAGGAACAACAAACUUCUAUGCAGCAGGUGACUUUUACCGAAGAUGCAAAUAUAUUGACUGUUGAUAACAAAGAACUUAUUGACAAAACGAAGGUAAUCGAAACAAGGCACUGGAGAAAACCUAGACAGGACAUACAGCAAAUCGAAAGUGUAACGACAUCUGAAGAUAGUAAUAUACUAGCAGUUGACAAAACAAUGGUCACAAGCGAAACUGUAAAACAAGAACAACUUGAGACUAAACAUUGGCGUCGACCAAGAUCCGAACCCAAAGAAGAUGCAAGUGUACCAGAAGCAGAACCACAAGAGCAAACCAAGCGACGGUCAUCAGCUUUCCAAGAGCAAAAACCUGAAACUGUACCGUGGACUCAAGAGAGCAUCAAAUUACGUAAAACUAAAGUAGAUAAGAAAGAAAUAGAAAGAGAGAAAAUAGAAGACGUCACAUUAAAACAAGUUCGAAAAACGUCUACACAUGAUACUAUCGAUAAAAAAAUCAUCGAAGAUUCUAAAUCGGAACAUUGGAGAAAAUCUCAAAUACAGGGAGUUCCUAAGCAUGUUGAGGGUUAUACUUCAUCUGAGGAUGCUAACAUACUAGUAAUUGAUAAAACAAUUGACACCGCCGAAAGCGUAAAACAGGAUUCACUCGAGACAAAACAUUGGCGCAAGCCUCGUUCUGAACCUAAACAAGAGGCAGAUGUACCCGAAGAACAAACACAAGAACCAAUAAGACGAAGAUCAUCAGCAUUCCAGGAGCAAAAACCAGAGGCUGUGCCGUGGACUCAAGAAAGCAUAAAAUUGCGACCUACUCAAGUUGAAAAGAGAGAAAUAGCAAAAGAAAAGUUUGAAGAUGUAACAUUAAAACAAGUGAAAAAACCUUCAGUGGCAACCUUGCUCGAACAAGAUGAGAAGAACACCGUUGGUAGAAUAAUCACCGAAGACACAGAAAUUCUGCACGUUGAUAAAUCAGAAGUCAUUCACCAAGAAGAUAUUGAGUUUAGACGAAAAUCUCGCACAAAGGAAGUAAGUAAGCAUUUAGAAAAUAUCAUUUCGACUGAAGAUACUAACAUACUUGCAAUCGACAAAACAGUUGAUAUAUCUGAAGAUGUGAAAUCGGAACCACUGGAAACUAAACAUUGGCGUAGACAACGAUCUGAACCUAAACAGGACGUAGAUGUACAAGAAGCACAACCACUAGGGCCAACAAGGCGGAGAUCAUCUGCUUUCCAGGAGCAAAAGCAAGAAACUGUACCCUGGACUCAAGAAAGCAUAAAAUUACGCCCAACAAAAGUAGAAAAGAAAGAAAUAACAAAGGAAAAAUUAGAAGAGGUUACACUAAAACCGAGAAAGAUGUCCGUAGAGACACUUGUAAUAGAAGAGUCCUUGACACGCGAAGAAGACACUGUUAUAUUAGAAAUACCAGCUGACAUAUUAACUGAAGAUAAUGUUGCACUUAAACCCAUUACAAGACAAAAAGUAAAGCAAGGAAAACUUACCGAAGAAGAUCAACCUGAGGAGGUUUCAUGGCGCGGUAAAAGACGACCAAAAGAAGAACAGUCAUCUGAAGAAGUGGUGCUUGAACCAGUACCUAAACAAAACCUUGUCGAAGAGAAGAAAUCAGAAAAUGUGCAACUUAAGCCAAUCAAAAAAGAGAAACCGUUUGAAGAAGAGACACAACCAGAAGAGGUAUCGUGGCGAGGAAAACGCAAGCCGAAAGAAGAACAGCCCGCAGAAGAAGUUGUACUUAAACCGGUACCUAAACAGAAGCCUUUAGAGGACGAGAAGAAACCAGAAGAAGUGCAACUUAAGCCAAGCAAAAAAGACAAACCUGUUGAAGAGAUAAAAUCAGAGGAGGUAUCUUGGCGAGGGAAACGAAAGCCGAAAGAGGAACAGCCAGCUGAAGAAGUUGUACUCAAACCGAUACCUAAACAGAAGCCUGUAGAGGAAGAGACAAAACCGGAAGAAGUGCAACUUAAACCAGUGAAAAAAGACAAGCCAAAACCCGUUGAAGAAAUUCAGCCGGAAGAAGUUUCUUGGCCUACCGGUAAAAGGCGACCUAAGGAAGAACAGCCUGUGGAAGAGGUUCUACUCAAACCAGUGCCUAAACAAAAGGAUGUCGAAGAAGAAAAACCAAAAGAAGUGCAACUCAAGCCAAUCAAAAAAGGCAAACCUGUUGAAGACGCACAGCCGGAGGAGGUAUCAUGGCGAGGCAAACAGAAACCGAAAGAAGAACAGCCGGCUGAAGAAGUUGUACUUAAACCGAUACCUAAACAGAAGCCUUUAGAGGACGAGAAGAAACCAGAAGAAAUGCAACUUAAGCCAAUCAAAAAAGGCAAACCUGUUGAAGAGCCACAACCGGAGGAGGUAUCAUGGCGAGGCAAACGGAAGCCGAAAGAAGAACAGCCGGCUGAAGAAGUUGUACUUAAACCAGUACCUAAACAAAAGCCUGUAGAGGAAGAGAAGAAACCAGAAGAAGUGCAACUUAAGCCAAUCAAAAAAGACAAACCUGUUGAAGAGGCACAGCCAGAGGAGAUAUCAUGGCGAGGCAAACGCAAGCCGAAAGAAGAACAGCCGGCUGAAGAAGUUGUACUUAAACCGGUACCUAAACAGAAGCCUGUAGAGGAAGAGACAAAACCGGAAGAAGUGCAACUUAAACCAGUGAAAAAAGACAAGCCAAAACCCGUUGAAGAAAUUCAGCCGCAAGAAGUUUCUUGGCCUACCGGUAAAAGGCGACCUAAGGAAGAACAGCCUGUGGAAGAGGUUUUACUCAAACCAGUGCCUAAACAAAAGAAUGUCGAAGAAGAAAAACCGGAAGAAGUGCAACUCAAGCCAAUCAAAAAAGACAAACCUGUUGAAGAGGCACAGCCGGAGGAGAUAUCAUGGCGAGGCAAACGGAAGCCGAAAGAAGAACAGCCGUCUGAAGAAGUUGUACUUAAACCGGUACCUAAACAGAAGCCUGUAGAGGAAGAUAAAAAACCAGAAGAAGUGCAACUUAAGCCAAUCAAAAAAGACAAACCUGUUGAAGAGGCACAACCGGAGGAGGUAUCAUGGCGAGGCAAACGGAAGCCAAAAGAAGAACAGCCGGCUGAAGAAGUUGUACUUAAACCGGUACCUAAGCAGAAACCUGCAGAGGAAGAGGCAAAACCGGAAGGAGUGCAACUUAAGCCAAGCAAAAAAGAAAAAACAAUUGAAGAGACACAACCAGAGGAGGUAUCAUGGCGAGGCAAACGGAAGCCGAAAGAAGAACAGCCGGCUGAAGAAGUUGUACUUAAACCGAUACCAAAACAGAAGACUGUAGAGGAAGAGACAAAACCAGAAGAAGUGCAACUUAAACCAGUGAAAAAAGACAAGCCAAAACCCGUUGAAGAAAUCCAGCCGGAAGAAGUUUCUUGGCCUACCGGUAAAAGGCGACCUAAGGAAGAACAGCCUGCGGAAGAGGUUCAACUCAAACCAGUGCCUAAACAAAAGGAUGUCGAAGAAGAAAAACCGGAAGAAGUGCAACUCAAGCCAAUCAAAAAAGACAAACCUGUUGAAGAGGCACAGCCGGAGGAGAUAUCAUGGCGAGGCAAACGGAAGCCGAAAGAAGAACAGCCGGCUGAAGAAGUUGUACUUGAACCGAUACCUAAACAGAAGUCUGUAGAGGAAGAGAAGAAACCAGAAGAAGUGCAACUUAAGCCAAUCAUAAAAGACAAACCUGUUGAAGAGGCACAGCCGGAGGAGGUAUCAUGGCGAGGCAAACGGAAGCCAAAAGAAGAACAGCCGGCUGAAGAAGUUGUACUUAAACCGAUACCUAAACAGAAGCCUGUAGAGGAAGAGAAGAAACCAGAAGAAGUGCAACUUAAGCCAAUCAAAAAAGACAAACCUGUUGAAGAGGCACAGCCAGAGGAGAUAUCAUGGCGAGGCAAACGGAAGCCGAAAGAAGAACAGCCGUCUGAAGAAGUUGUACUUAAACCGGUACCUAAACAGAAGCCUGUAGAGGAAGAUAAAAAACCAGAAGAAGUGCAACUUAAGCCAAUCAAAAAAGACAAACCUGUUGAAGAGGCACAACCGGAGGAGGUAUCAUGGCGAGGCAAACGGAAGCCAAAAGAAGAACAGCCGGCUGAAGAAGUUGUACUUAAACCGGUACCUAAACAGAAGCCUGUAGAGGAAGAGACAAAACCGGAAGAAGUGCAACUUAAACCAGUGAAAAAAGACAAGUCAAAACCCGUUGAAGAAAUUCAGCCGCAAGAAGUUUCUUGGCCUACAGGCAAGAGACGUCCUAAAGAAGAACAACCAGCGGAAGAGGUCGUCCUAAAGCCAGUGCCUAAACAGAAGCCUAUAGAAGAAGAGAAACCGGAAGAAGUACAACUCAAGCCUGUCAAAAAGCAAAAGCCCAAGUAUGUCGAAGAAGAACAGCCUGAGGAUGUUUCUUGGCCUACCGGCAAGAGACGUCCUAAAGAAGAACAACCAGCGGAAGAGGUCGUCCUAAAGCCAGUGCCUAAACAGAAGCCUAUAGAAGAAGAGAAACCGGAAGAAGUACAACUCAAGCCUAUUAAGAAGCAAAAGCCCAAGUCUGUGGAAGAAGAACAGCCUGAGGAUGUUUCUUGGCCUACCGGCAAGAGACGUCCUAAAGAGGAACAACCUGCGGAAGAGGUCGUCGUAAAGCCAGUGCCUAAACAGAAGCCUGUAGAAGAAGAGAAACCGGAAGAAGUACAACUCAAGCCUGUCAAAAAGCAAAAGCCCAAGUCUGUUGAAGAAGAACAGCCUGAGGAUGUUUCUUGGCCCACCGGCAAGAGACGUCCUAAAGAAGAACAACCAGCGGAAGAGGUCGUCCUAAAGCCAGUGCCUAAACAGAAGCCUAUAGAAGAAGAGAAACCGGAAGAAGUACAACUCAAGCCUAUUAAGAAGCAAAAGCCCAAGUCUGUCGAAGAAGAACAGCCUAAGGAUGUUUCUUGGCCUACCGGCAAGAGACGUCCUAAAGAGGAACAACCAGCGGAAGAGGUCGUCCUAAAGCCAGUGCCUAAACAGAAGCCUGUAGAAGAAGAGAAACCGGAAGAAGUGCAACUCAAGCCUAUUAAAAAGCAAAAGCCCAAGUCUGUUCAAGAAGAACAGCCUGAAGAUCUAAAACCUCUUAUAAAGGAGAAAUCACCCGAAGAAACUAAAGCAGAAGAAGUCCAACAUACAACCACAAAGAAAGAGAAAAAGAUAGCUAAAAAACAGCACAUAAUUCAAGAAGUCAAAGAAGAAAUUGUAGAACAAGAAAAUCUUCGACCAGAGCUUGUCGAGAAGACAGAAGAAGAAGAGAAACCAGAGGAAAUACAGCACAAAGUUAUCAAAAAGGAGAAAAAGAUCGCCAAGAAAGACGUUAUAAAGGAAAUAAUCGUACUAGAAACACAGGAAGUUACACAGCCUCAGGUCGAAGAAGAAAAAUCUACGACAAUCGUAACAACUCAAGAAGAAGUAGACCAAAUUCAGCCAGAAGAAAAACCUGUAGAGACAGUACAAAAGCGUGUCAAAAAGGAGAAAAAGGUCGCUAAGGAAGAAAUCAAAGUAGACGAAAUCGUCGCCGAGGAACCAACACAACCAGAAACAGAGAUUGAGGAAGAGAAAGAAGUGACUGCACCAGUGAAACCAGUUGAGACAUUGCAUGCGGAGAAACCCGAGGAAGUAAAAACUAGAAAAAAAGUUCUCAAAAAAGAAAAGGUUGUAGAGAAAGUCGAAGUCGAAACAGUUGUGCUAGAAAAACAAGAACAACCUGUAUCCGAAGCUCAAGAAGAAGAGAUUACAACAGUCGUAACAACAGAAAGAAAAAGAACGAAGAUUAAGACUAAGAAGCCGGACGAAAAAAAAGUUGGACCGAUAAUUAUAGAACCCAUUAAAGCAAUGAAUAUUCCAGAAAAUAGCAAUGUUGAACUGUAUGUAUCUUACGAAGCAGAUGAAGACAAAAAAGUGUUAUGGUAUUGCAACAACAAACUCCUUGAACCAAGUGACGAUUGCAUUAUUCAUACUGAAGCUGAUCAUUCGACGAUAGAAAUAAAAUCAGCAGAUAAAAAGAAAGUAGGAAAAUUUGAAGUAGUUAUUGAGUCCAAUAAUAUGAUCACAAAAUCGGCAAGUACUGUUAAAAUUGUAAAGCCGUCUGACGAAGCACUCAUAAAACCACCAGUAUUUAUUCGACCCGUAAGUUCCAAACAAGUCACAUUCGGUGCUAUUGAGCUAUUUGAAGCAGAAGUGAAAUCUAAUCCUAGUGCGUCGUUCCUGUGGUUUAUUGGUACCAACGAGGUAACUUCUUACGCAAAAGAAAAUAAAUUAAAUAAUAUUUAUAUCACUACUAAAGAUAAUGUAUCAUGUCUUUGUAUUGAAAAUAUGACUCCAGAUUUAGUAAACGUUAUCACCUGCCGAGCAGAAAAUUUUGCUGGUUCCGUAUCUUGUUCUGCUUCACUAGUGCCGAAAGAUAACGAAACAGAAAUUAACGGUGAGAACCCAGAAUUCAUAGAGCCACUGAAAUCAGCUUCCAUAAUGGACGGAGAACCUAUAGUAUUGUCAUGCGAAGUAAAGGGAAUUCCUUGGCCUAAAAUAGAAUGGUACCACGAUAAAAGGAUUAUAGAAAAAGCAAGAGACGUAGCAGUGGCAAGACAGGAAUCCGGUUUAUGCGAACUUCACAUUAAAGAAGCAUUCCCAGAAAUGUCGGGCACAUAUACGUGUAUAGCAACUAAUCUUUUCGGGAGUUGCUCCAGCGAAUGUAUUUUAACCGUAGAAGCUUAUGAAUAUGCAUCUGAGGAGGAUAUAUUGAGUGACGAGAAAACAAGUGACAUUGAAGAAUUUGCACCAAGGAUUGUUAAAGCCUUACCUACGGUUGUAUCUACGACAGAGGGCACACUUACGAGGUUAGAGGCAAAAGCUAUAGGUAAUCCGAAGCCGCAGAUAAGAUGGUUGAAACACGGGAUGGAAAUCGUUCAUUCCCAAGAAUACCAGAUUGAAGAAAUGGAAGAUGGCACAUCAAUUUUAAUUAUUCCCGAGGUUUACCAAGAUGAUACGGGUGAAAUUAAAUUUGAAGCAUACAACCCUCUUGGAGUGACAUCAACCAUUGCCGCACUAUCAGUCGAGAGUAUCAUUGGAACAAAAGAGUAUCGCAAACCGGAAUGGGUGACACAUAUGGAAGAAUUACAAGCUGCACUGAAAGCUACUCAAUCUGUUCCGACUUUUGUAAAAGAAAUAUUAGGGGAACGUGUUCACGAAGAAGAUACUGUAAAGUUUGAGGCAAUUUAUAGUGGAAACCCAGCCCCAGAAAUUCUAUGGUACAAGGACGAUAAAGUUAUAAGAACUGAUGAGCAAUAUACUGUAGACAAUGUGGAUAAUCAUACAUGGUGUAUAAUUAAGAAAGCAAACAAAACAAAUGAGGGAACCUAUAUGUGCAAAGCUGUCAGUGACAUUGGAAUGGCAAUAACUAAAGCCAAAUUGCAAGUAUUCAAAGCAGGAGAAACAAUUAAAAAGGCUAAAACUGUAAGAGAAAAAACCAAACUAGAAAAAACGGUUAAGCGAGAAAAAGAAGUGGUAGAAAAAGAACAAGCGAAAACAGUUUUAGAUGAAGCAACUCCUACCGUCACAGAGGAAGUACAAGAAAUUGAAGAGCCAAAACCAAUUAAAAAAGUCGCAAAAGAAAAGGUAACAGUUAAAUUAAGCUCAGCGGAACCCGUUGAAACUGUCGAUGUGGCUUCCUUUAAAAAGGUUGACAAAAAAGAAAAGCUUGCACCCAAAUCAGAAACUCUAAAGCCAGGUAUAACACCACAUGAGCAUCUCAUAUCGUCGCAACAGCAGAAAGAGGAAACGGUCGAAUCCUUUGAGAAAUCUCCCAUUGAGAAACAAAAAGGAAUUAUAAAAACUGUUGAGUCAGACUCCAAAAUGGUAGCGGAGAUUAAUGAGUUACUUGAAGUUAUCAAUGCCAGGGAGUUUGGGCCUGGCGAGUCACCAUUGAGAGAACUCGCAAAAAUAGGUUAUAUGCUAAGAACUGGUGUCACGACUGAAGAAAUAGAGAGUCUGUAUGAUUCCCAAUAUUUCCCAGCCCUGCGAGUGCCACAAUCCCAAUCAGCCUUAGUGCAGUUGGUUGAGCGCCAAGGCCAUGGCGCACUCAUUACAGAAGUUCUUACAGAAGAAACGACACAAGACGAAGACGUAAUUGCCGCAAAGGUGGGCUUCCGCGCUUUUCUGAAGAUGGUGGAAAUGAAGGCCAGUUCUGUCGAAGAGGUCAUUGCUCACUUUUACCCUGAAGACUUCAAACCACGGUCUUGGGAACAAAGAGAAGCACAUGAGGUCAUCGUGGAGUCUUCAGCAGAACACGUCGCGGAAAGUCGUACAAUGAAAGUUAUUAAAGAUACAUCGGAGGUUGUCGAGGAAGAAGAUGUCAAAGAAAAAGAUCAAGUCAGACGCAAAAAGCAUACUAAACAGAAAAACAUCUCCGAGUUACGCAUUGAAGAAGAAAUUGUUGGAGAAAGAAAAGCAGUUAAAACAGUCCAUCCUAGAGAAAAUGUUGAAAUUUAUGAAGACGACGAAGCAGGCUUACUUGAAACUGCAGAGAUGAUCUACAAAACUGCGAUGGCUACAGCUAUUCAUGAAAAUAAAAUAGAAGUAGUCCCUGCUAGUGAGGUAUCUCAUAUAACACCAGACAAAAAAACCGAUAAUAUUAAGGCUAACCUUAAAAUUGACACUAACUACCCAAUAGUUAACGCAUCUCAACAAGCUGAAGAAAGAGAAGAAUCAUUGCAUGUUAAAGAACAAGUCAAACUUCAUGUCAAACCAUCUAUACCUGAAAAUGAGUCACUAGAAGUAACUGAAAUAGAAAUCAGCAAUUCUCUGGAUGAAUACUCAGCAGAUCGUAUUAAAGCCGAUGCUAAAGCAGUGAAGAACAUUGUCCCAAUAGAAAGUUUAGUAACAACAGAAGUGCAAGCAGAUUUGGACUUGACCGAUCUGCAAAAAGCUGAAACGUGCUUUAGUAGUGCUAAACCAUCUGUUACAUUAAAAGAUGCUGUAAACGUAUCAGAACAAAUAACGAACAUAAAGGAAGAGUCAUUCGAUAAACAAGAGAUUAAGAAGUCAAAUGCAGCAGUGUCAGUUUCUCCCUUAUUAGGAUUAAGCGUUACAGAAAUUACGGACGAACUAAAAGAAUAUGACAUUGAAAGCAAGACAACAGAAAAAGCCGCCACGUCUCGGCUUAAUUUCAAUUUGCAUGAAUCACUUCAAGUCGGAGAAGUUUUCGUUGAAGAUAAGUCUGGAAGAUAUUACCCAGAACUAAUAGUACCUACAGAAACAGCUCGAAAAGAUGUUUUAACAUCUAACCAAAUUUUAACAGAAGUACAUGAUGUUCAAGAAAAGGAAGGGUUAUUACAAGCUCUGAAACUGCCACCAGCACAGGAAGCCAAUGUUGACGUAACAAUUAAAGAUAGCUUCCAAGUAACUAUUGAUGAGACACACGAAAAAGAAGGUGAAUUCAUUAAAAAAGAAUUACCUGCAACAGUUAAAGUAGAUAAAGACAUAUCCUUGCACACAAGUUUAAAUACAUCUAUAGUAAGUUCACACAUUAAAGAGACAGAUUUUGUGCCCGAGCCCUUGCCAAGUAAAAAAGCUAAUAUAGGUGUGAGGGAACAUCAACAUAAGUUUAAUUUGGAAACAAACAUUCAUGAAUCAGAAAUUAACUUAGAGGAACCUAAAUCUGUGCAGGGUACACAUGCUGACAUUUCAAUUUCAUUACUAGAUAAAAACUUUGUUGAGGAAGUUCAAAUCAAUGAAAGUGAAAAAGAUCUUUUAAUCAAAGAUGAUAAGUAUACUGCUACAGCAGAUAUGGAUAUUCGUGCUGUCGAACCAAUUAUAACAUCUGAAACUCUGCAGAUGACUUCUAUCGGCGAACUUAAAUUGCAGGAUAAGGUCCAAGAUGAAUCAGCCACGGAGACAGUCAUUACUUCAAAUGCCAAAAUUGUAACAGCCCCCCUAAUACACGAACAAGAAACAUCAGAAGAGUACUUAACAAAAAAAUCAGAAAUAAUCACGCUAUCAGUGGUCCCUAAUAUUCCCUUAACUAUAUAUGAAAAUGAGUCAUCUGAAUCUGAGAAUAAACUUAGUUUGAAUAAAAUUCCAGAGGUUAGUUCUACGAAACCUUCGCCUACUCAUCAUCUGAAAUCACCUAUAUCUGAAGAGAUAAAUACGGCUGAUCAAAUUAAUUUCAUUCCAUUGACUUCUAACGUUACCGAAAAAGCAUCAGAAGUUUAUAGAGAUUUGCAUAAAGAAAUCACUAUUUUACAAACAACAGUCCAAGAACAACUAGACAAGUUAGAUGAAAACCAAAUCAGCCAUAGCAAAGCUGUACCUACGUUUGUCGAAAAUGAAAGUUUAAAUGUUACAGAAAUAGUUUCGACCGUUACCGAAAAUCAACUAUCCUCUAAAAGGGAUAAACUUGAUGCAUACGCUAAACCCGAUAUAGAGACGAAUCAUAAAAUUGCUAUUACAUCUGAACCUAUUCUAAGAGAAGCUGUUGAUAACAUGGAAUCAUUAACACCUAAACUUGAAGCAGCUAGCCUUACAUCCAGUAUGCUAAGCUCAUUGCAGAUUUCUGAAAAUAAGGUGUUAGAUUCGCAGGCAAAUCUGCAAGAUAGUGUGAAACCCAAUCUUCAAUCUAUACUUCCCGAAAUAAUACCAUCCCAGGAAUUAAAUAUCACAGAAGUAUAUCAAAAUGAGAAAGAGACUGAAUAUGCAUCGAAAGACUUACCAGAAGUAUUUACCGCCCCGUCGCAAGUUAUAUCGUUACGAGCAGUAGCUGUAAGCUCUGAGUUAAUACCUGACUCUAGCGUUGGUUUUACAGAAAGUGAAAAUAUAGACAUAAAAUCUAAACAAGCGACUAUUGAAAACGUAGCACAUAAUGAACUUCAGAUAACUUCAACGGAUUACAAUGAAAAAGAAAGUUCUUUUGAGCGAGCUCCUGUGCUAAAUACUGUAUCUGCUAAAAUAAGUAUAGACUCUAAUCAGGCCAUUUUGGUGGAAGAAAACAAACCUGAACUCGCUGCAAGAAACUUUGAAACAAAUAGUGAUUUGGCUUGGGCAAAAGCAAAACAAGGCGCCAUACCACAAGAAGCAAUUACUCAAGAAGAAACAAUUGUACAUUUGUCAGAAGGCAUAAUAGUAUCCGAAGAAAAAGGAAAUACGGCAAAAUCUGCAGUCUCAUUGACAACCCUCCAAGCACCACAAUACGAUGAGAAAGUUACUGCCGAAAGUGAAAAUCUGUUGACAUUAAACUUAUCACCAGAUCAGCAAAGCGCCAAUGUUUCUUUUACUUCUCGACACAGCAUACAGAUAUCGGAAACUUUGUCACAAUCUGAAAAUUUGCAAAGUACUGAUACCCUCGACAUGGGAUAUAAAACUGCUUUGCCUAAAAUGGAUGAAAUAUAUGGUAAAGCAGCACAUACCGAGGAAGUUAUAUUGAACCAACAGACAGAAGAUUUCCUAAAUGAAAAAAUGGCUGUCAAGCAAACAGAUGUUACAACUGUCCCAUCGUAUACAUUAGAACAAACGGAAAUAAUUGCAGCCGAAACGGAGAUUGAAUUGCCUAAACGAACUACAAUUACAUCAAAUAUUGAACCAGAUAUUACUGAAACCCAAGCACUUAUAAUGAGUUGUACUGAAACGAUAGAUAAGGAAAAGGAAUUUUUCGGAAAGUUUUCAGUCCCAACUCAAGAUGCUACUAUUGGUUUUGUGCCUCUAAUUAGCACUGUAAACACUGAAGUGCUAUCAACAAAUGCCGCCGAAAAUCUACUAGAAAAAGCACCAGAAACCUCUCAAGCAACAAUUACAAGUGAUGACUUACGUAGACAUUUACAGGGACUAGAAAUAUUACAUGCAGAGAAAGAAACCGAUUUAGCACCCAGUCAGAAAGAACAUAAACAAGCAGCAACGGAAAAAAUUAUCGAAAUAUCUGCAAAAGAAAUAUCAGAAGUCAAUGUCAACGAAAAAGAGACGGAGUUGUCAAAAAUGUUGGAUAUGUUUACGACUACUGCUAAACCAGCGUUUGAUGAACAGCAAUCACUAUUUAGUUCAGAAGUUAUUGUAAACCAGGAAAUAGAAGAACUUCACGUUUCCGGGACUACGAUGUUAAAUGCACUUACUACUCAUGGAAUGAAAGAAGCCAUUCAAAAUUUAGAGCCAUUUAUAGGAGAAAGUGAAGACACAUUUGCCGAAACAACACCUGCAAAAACUGAAUUAGUAAAACCCGUAGUUGAAGGGAAGCAAUGUGCAGGCGUGUCAGAAGUGAUGCCAACAGAAAAAGAAGAUAUUUUACUUGUUAAUGAGAUAAUGCCGCAUAAAAAGCAGUUAGAACCAACCGACAGUGUAAAAUUACAUUCUAGUGUAGGUAUAGAUGAAACCGUACCCAUUGAAUCUGAAGUCGAAUUACCACUUUGUUCAGAUUUGAAACAUAAAGCGGGAAUGACUGUCCUUCCUGAAGAUUACAUAAAUAUCUCAGAGACCACUGUAAUAGAAAACGAAAACAUUUUACAAGUUGACCAAACUCCUAAAAGUGCUACGUAUAAUGUGAAUUUGGACGCACAUCGUCAUUUAAAUAUAGAAAUAUGUCAAUAUACAGAAACAGAAGAAGCAAUUAAGAAUGACGAGCCAAUGACAACAAAAGAAAUUCUUGAUUUUUCUUUAGAACCUGUGAGGCCCCUUUAUAUCACAGAAACGAAAACUGAAGAAAGACAUGAAGAAUUGAUACCGGGUAAAAAAGCAGUUGAACAAAGUCCUAAUAUUAAUCUAGAAAUAGGUGACCACAUAAACAUUACAGAAACAGUCGUAUUAGAAAAGGAUGACGACUUGAAUCUAGGAAUGUUAAAUAAAAUGGAACAUGGUAAAUCAAAUUUCGAAACAUCAAAACAUAUAACCAUAACCGAAACCGAUAUUAGAGAGCAUGAUUAUCCUUUAGAAAAUAUAUUGCAAACUGUAUCUAAGCAAUCAGACAUAUCCUUUGAAGCUAAAAUACCAAUCCAAGUGCAAGAAGUUCUGUUUAAAGAAAGUGGCUCUGAUCUAGCCCAGUAUAAUAAACCACGUGAAGAAGUACUUAAUAUGUCUAUAGAAUCUCAACAACAUCUCACUGUAACUGACGCAUUAGUAGGAGAAAACGAAAUUGCGAUACAAGUAGAUCAAAUUCCACAAAGCGCAGAAAAUCAGGUUAAAGUAGAACCAAUGCAGCAUGUAAUGACAAACGAGAUAACAGCAAUUGAAGAGGGUACAGAAUUUUUAGGCAGUAAGGCUUACAAAGAUGAAAAGGCAUCUGAGUCUCAAGCAGUUACAGAAGCUCUUUACAGCGAACAGGCACAAGUCAUUGAAAGCGUUAGCACUAUGAAAACAACUUUCACGCCUGAAUUAUCUACUGCUGACCAAGAAAUAGUCGGAUUAAAACCACUUGAACAGACAGAAGUAGUAGUAGAAGAAAAUCCUGACGCUUUCGAUAAAUAUCAUCCUAAGGGAGAAACAGCCCAAACAGUGCAAACCACGAAAAAGGAAAUAGUGUUUAGCCAACCAGAAAUUCUUGAAAGUACUACAAACCUGUCCGAAAACUUCGAAUCUGAACCUUCCCAAGUUCAACUUGGGCUCGAACUACAUAAAAGCUACAUAAUAUCUGAGAACACAGCUGAGGAACAACCAGAAAUCAUCACAACUUCGGAAGAAUGUGGUAAGUACGCUGAGAAACAAAUAAUAGAAAUGAAAUCACUGCAACAGACGGAAAUAAUAGCGAAUGAGAAAUCCGAACCCCUUGCUAAAUUCCAUCAAGACAAAAAUGAAAAUGCCAUAGCGAGUCAAAACACUUUGCAAGAGUUAACCAGUGCAGAACCAGCCAUAUUCGAAAAUGUAACUAAUUUACCUUCAUCAGUUACAUUCGAGAGAGGUAAGGCUUCAGCAGAUUUAGAAACACACAAAAGUUACAUUGUUAGCGAUAAUAUUACACACGAAGAAUCUGAAGACAUCACCAUAGAAGGUAGGAAAAUAAGUUCGAUUGUGGGGCAGCUCUUAGAGUUUAAACCUUUACAACAAACAGACAUUUUUAUCGGCGAAAAUACUUCAACAAUGUGUACAGAUAAACAAGAAGGAAAAACUAUAACUGUAACACCAAUCGAAAAUGAAUCUGUAAGUCAGACUGAUGUUAUUGUACAUGAAACUGGAACUGAGACAUCGUUUGAAAAACCAAUACAAAUGGAGACUGCUUCAUUAUCUUUAAAUACAACACAAGGUGUUACGAUAUGUGAAGUAACCCAUGAAAGCGCUCCAGAAGACUUCGUUCCUCAUGAAGGUAAACAAGUGAAAGCAGAUAAAACUGUGGCUCCCUUAUCACACUUAGAAUGCACGGAAAAUAUAUCAGAAAUACACGCAGACGAAUUAACACUACAAUCUACACCGAGUAAAAUUCCUACAGUUGUAACUAGCGAAAUAGCACCACUCAUAAUCACAGACAAUACUUGUCUUCUUCAAGAGGAAAAUCUUCAAAUAACACAACCAAAGACUCAAAACGUUCGCGAAAGCUUUACUAUAGCGAGUGAACUAGAAGUCACAGAUGAAUUUGUCAAUGAACACGUUUUGCCCUACAAUGACGAUUUAUUGGAAUUAAAGAAAACAGGCAAACUCACACAAAUGAGCGACACUGAGCACCAACUCACUAUAUCAGAGCAGGAGACCCGUUUCCUAGAAAAAACUGACGAUAGAUAUUCUUCGCCUAAAAUAUCAGACACUGAAGAAACUGAGGAAAUAGUAACCAAAUUUUCACAAGCAUCAACCGGGGAACCAAUUCAAAUAAAAACUAAACGAACAAUUUUAAGAAAGAAGAAAAAAACUCACCAAGGAGAUGCCGUAGAAAAUGACGUUGUAAUAGAAGAGAAAUUAGAUGAGGAUGAUAUAAUUAAACCUAUUACGCAGCAUACUGUCGAUAUUGAGGAAUUUGAAGAAACUGACUUAACACCUAAUAAGGAGAUGACAAAAGGAACCGUAGAAAUGCCCGAUGAUUAUUUGCAUGUACCACAAUUAGAAUCACAAGUGCAAAUAGAAGAAAUCGUUGAAGAUUAUUCUAAAAAACCCGAAAGUCCAAAUCAGGUGGAUACGGUAAUUGCAAACGACAAAACGAAGACAGAGAAAAAAAUAAAAACCACAAAACGAGUCAUCAAGAAAAAGCAAGGAUCGGGAGAAAAAAUUAUUGAAUCAGUUGUUUUUCAAGACGACAAAGCUCCAGAACUACCAGAGGAGACAACCAUAGAAGACAUAACUUUCGAUGAAAACACAGUCAUCAGACAAGACUCGCCUAAAAUAUCUGACACAGAGGAAACCGAAGAAAUUGUAACCAAGUUUACACAAGCUCCAAAUGGAGAAACGAUACAAACCAAAACCAAACGAACUAUAAUAAGAAAAAAGAAAAAAGUUUUACAUAAAGAUUCUGUGGAGAAUGACGUAGUAAUUGAAGAAAAAUUAGACGAUGACGAAACAGAUAAACAUCCAAGGGUUCAACAUCAUCAAGUUGACAUAGAAGAAUUUGACGAUACUGAUUACAUACCCAUUAAGGAUACCGCAAAAGGAAAGGUUGAAUUACCUGAAGAUUAUCUGCAUGUACCUAAAAUAGAAUCACAAGUUAAAAUAGAGGAGGUUCCGGAAGAAACUACAACACCAAUCCAAACACAAGUCGCCGCAGAAGACACAGAGAAACCUACGGCCACAGCAGAAAUUUCACAAAUUCACACAGAAACUGGAGAAGUAAGAAGGGUCAAAACUACUAAGCGCAUCGUUAAAAAAGGCCCUAAGAAAGAAGUCACUGAAAUAACUACCAUCGAAAGUGAAGGCGAAGAGCCCAUCACAACGGUUACCGUUGCUGCAGCACCAGAUGAGGAGCAACCAACACUGAUAGAGACCGUGGAACUGCCAGAAGAAGUAGCAGAAGUGAGCGAAAUUACCCCCGAAGGUAAGACAAUUAAGAAGAAAACUAUAAAGAGGGUCAUUAAGCGUAAGAAGGGACCAAUUAUAGAAACCACACAAAUAACCACUGAACAAGAAGAUGACCAAAAUCCAAUCAUAUCAGUACACACUAGCGAAGAAUUCACAGAUGACACAGUCGCUCCAUUGGAGGAUACACAACUUUAUGACAAGGCUAAGAUCGUCGAGGAAGAACCCGAAAAAGUUGAAAUUUCUCAAAUUCGCACAGAAACUGGUGAAGUUAAAAAGGUUAAAACUACUAAGCGCGUCAUCAAAAAGGGCCCGAAGAGAGAAGUCACCGAAAUAACGACCAUCGAAAAAGAAGGGGAAGAGCCCAUCACGACAGUCACUGUUGCUCAAGCACCAGAAGAGGAGCAACCAACAUCAAUAGAGACAGUGGAACUGCCAGAAGAAGUAGCAGAAAUCGUUGAGGAAGAACCAGAAAAGAUUGAAAUAUCUCAGGUCCGCACAGAAACUGGCGAAGUUAAAAAGGUCAAAACUACUAAGCGCGUCAUCAAAAAGGGUCCUAAGAGAGAAGUCACUGAAAUAACGACAAUCGAAAAAGAAGGGGAAGAGCCCAUCACGACAGUCACUGUUGCUCCAGCACCAGAAGAGGAGCAACCAAUACCGAUAGAUACCGUGGAACUGCCAGAAGAAGUAGCAGAAGUGAGCGAAACUACUCCCGAAGGUAAGACAAUUAAGAAGAAAACUAUAAGAAGGGUCAUUAAGCAAACCACACAAAUUACAACUGAACAAGUAGGAGACGAAAAGCCAAUCAUAUCAGUAUAUACAAGUAAAGAAAUAACAGACGACACAGUCACACCAUUGGAGAACACACAACUAUAUGACAAGGCUAAAAUCAUCGAAGAAGAACCCGAAAAAGUUGAAAUCUCCCAGAUUCGCACAGAAACUGGUGAAGUUAAAAAGGUUAAAACUACUAAGCGCGUCAUCAAAAAGGGCCCUAAGAAAGAAGUCACUGAAAUAACAACCGUUGAAAAAGAAGGUGAAGAGCCUAUCACAACGGUCACUGUUGCUCCAGUACCAGAAGAGGAGCAACCAACACCAAUAGAGACCGUGGAACUGCCAGAAGAAGUAGCAGAAGUGAGCGAAACUACUCCUGAAGGUAAGAAAAUUAAGAAGAAAACUAUAAAGAGGGUCAUUAAGCGUAAGAGAGGACCAAUUACAGAAACCACACAAAUAACCACAGAACAAGAAGACGACCAAACACCAAUCAUAUCAGUACACACUAGCGAAGAACUCACAGAUGACACAGUCACUCCAUUCGAGGAUACAAAACUUUAUGACAAGGCUAAGAUCGUUGAGGAAGAACCAGAAAAGGAUGAAAUAUCUCAGGUUCGCACAGAAACUGGUGAAGUUAAAAAGGUCAAAACUACCAAGCGCGUUAUUAAAAAGGGUCCAAAAGAACCUGUUACCGAAAUCACAACAAUCGAAAAAGAGGGUGAAGAACCCAUUACCACAGUGAAAGUUGCCCCAGUGCCAGAGGAGGAACAGAUUAAACCAGAAGAAACCAUUGAGCUACCAGAAGAGGUAGCAGAACAGAAGGAAACGACGCCCGAAGGUAAGACAGUCACAAAGAAAACUACCAAGAGAAUCAUCAAGCGUAAGAAGGGACCACUUACAGAAACCACACAAAUCACCACUGAACAAGUAGACGAUGAAACACCGGUCAUAUCAGUACACACCACACAAGAAAUUACUGAUGAUACAACUACACCAUUUGACACAAAACGAACACCUGAGAAAGCUAGGGUCGUCGAGGAAGCUCCUGAGAAGGUCGAGAUCACGCAAGUGCGUACCGAAACUGGUGAUGUAAAGAAGGUCAAAACUACCAAGCGCAUCAUCAAAAAGGGUCCAAAAGAACCAGUUACCGAAAUAACAACAAUCGAAAAAGAAGGUGAAGAGCCCAUUACAACAGUGACGGUUGCCCCAGUGCCAGAGGAAGAGCAGAUUAAGCCAGAAGAAACCAUUGAGCUACCAGAAGAGGUAGCAGAACAGAAGGAAACGACACCCGAAGAUCUUGAACCUGUAGGUUCCAGUUCGGUGGAAGAAAAGAAGACUAAGAAGCCAAAGAAGAAAGAUAAGACAGAACCGGUUCCAAGCAAGCCGGUAGAUGAAAUUCCAGUUGAAGAAAAUGAAGUCAUAUCACAAAACGGGGACGUAAAACAACCUCUUAAGAAAAAAUUGACACCGUUAAAAAUUGAAAGGGUAUCUUUGGAUGUUCAUAAAGCUCAGUUUGCUGAACAAGUAGAAGGACCACAAUUCGCAAAAUUGAAGUUGAAAAAACCUGUACAAAAACCUAAAGCUGAACAGUCAACAGUAACGUUACCUAAAUUCCAAUUAAAAAGUCGAAUUAAACACAUAACCGACUGGCCACCUGAAGAAUUGCAACCAAUUAUCAGUUAUUUAAACAGUGUCCGACAAAAUGGAGAGCUAUCUAGAAACAUUAAGGAAGCAGCUAAAAUUAAGAAAAAACCACUAAAACUUAAGAAUAUUGAUGCUGAAAAACCCGAAUUGGAAAAGCCAGACGAAUUUGAAUUCUCUUCAAGCAAAGAUAUUCCCGAUGAAAUGCAGGAAAUACCAAAAGAGGUACCUAAAGAAAAAGAAAUAGGGCCUGUGGAAGUUCCCAAAGAUCAGAAAGAAAAAGUAGUACCAAAACCAGAUAAUGCAGAAAAACCAAAGAAACCUAAGCCAAAACUUAUUCCACAAAAAAUUGAAAGGAAAGUUCUUGAGAUAGAUAAACCACAGCAUGCUGAAAGUGUUGAUGCGCCUCAAUUUAACCAAAUCAAGCUUAAGAAAACUGUCGCGAAACCCAAGCAAGAUAGCGCUAACGUAUCUCUUCCUAAGUUCCAACUAAAGAGUCGUAUAAGAUACGUGACAGAUUGGCCCCCAGAUAUUAUAGAGCCCAUCAUAAGCUUUUUAGGUAGUGUUCGUCAGAAUGGAAUACUAUCGCGAAACAUACAAGAGGCUGCUAAAAUUAAGAAAAAACCCAUUAAACAACCUAAGUUACCAGAGGCUGUAAAAACUGAACUUGAAAAGCCCAGUUUUGGCCGGGAAGAUAUAGUACAAGCCGUAAAGCAAAGCGUUCAAGAGGAGGAUGAUAUUUCUGUUGAGGAACCAAAAGAUGAGCAUGCUGAAUUCACCAUAAAUAGGCGCCCAAGCGUCAAGAUACACGAAGAAAUUGUCGAUGAAGUUACAAUUAAAAAGAAAUUGAAACCAACAAGGAAGCCUUCCGUGACAUUGCCUGAAGUAACAGAACCAGAAACAGUUACAUUUAGGCCUAAAUCAACUAAAACAAAGGAAGACGUCGAACAAGAGUUCAAUAUCCAAUUAGAUUCAUACGCUGAGGAGGAAAUUUCUAUGUCAAGUAAAGUAAAAUUAAAGCCGCAAAGACAGCCAACGUUUAGCGAAGAAGCUGGAGAAGCUUCAAUCAAGUUCUACGAAGAAGAGGAAGGCCCAGAUAUAGUUGAAAUAAUAGAAAGUGACGACGAAAAGGAGGAUGAAACAGCGAACGUAAUGAUGCCAAUGAAAAAGAAGCCAAAGAAGCCUGUUACUGAAACUACAGAAGAUAUCAGUGUAACAAUGACUAAACCAAAGUCCAUUGAUAGAUCAGAAAUUAUAGAAGAUGUUAGCAUAAAACUGGAAAGAAAACCCAAGUAUGUAAUUGAUGACCAGGAAGAAGUUACCUUUGACGUAAAACCGCAUGUAGAACAGUUUUCAACAGAAGAGUUGUCUUUGUCGAGUAAGAUAAAACUGAAACCAAAGAAAAAAGUGGUGGUGUCUGAAGCAGCAGACGAGCAUUCUAUACAGCUAACUCAAGAAAUCGAAGAUGACAGUCAGGCAGAAGAAAUUAUACUUAGCGAUGUAGAAUCUGAAGAAAAUGUACAAAUGUUUAUCAAACGCAAACCUAAGAAACCUACAUAUGAAGUCAGCGAGGUAGAAGAAUUGAGCGUCGAACUUAAGCCAAAGAGAAUGAAUGAAAUUGAAUUUGAGGAAGAACAGUUAACAAUUUUAGCUAAACGAAAGCCUAGGAAACCAUCGCAACUUCAAGAAGCAGAGGCCUCAAUGAAAAUUUCAAGGGAAAUCGAUUUCCCAGACACUCCACUCGAUGUACGAAGUGGCGACACUGUCUUUGCCGUAUACUCGUAUGUAGCAGAAACAGAUGAGGCUAUCAACCUUGUCGAAGGCGAACGUUUAUAUAUACUGGAAACAACGAACCAGGACUGGUGGUUUGUCUGCAAACACCUCACUGAAGAGAAAGGUUUUGUUCCUGCACAGUAUUUAAUGGAUGAAGAAAACUAUACUUUGUACCUGCAAAAGAAAUUAAAUGAGAAGAUUGACAAGCUGCCAGUAUUUGAAAAACCUACACCCGAGGAACAAGCCAUAGCUCCUAUAUUCGUAGAGAAAUUACGUCCAAAACACACUCCAGAUGGUUCAACUGUGCAAUUUGAAUGCCAAGUGGAAGGAUUCCCGAGACCACAGAUUACGUGGUUCAGACAAACGGCUAUCAUUAAGCCAUCUCAAGAUUUCCAAAUGUACUACGACGAUGAUAAUGUCGCCACUCUGGUUAUUAGGGAAGUUUUCCCUGAAGAUGCAGGCACAUUUACCUGUGUGGCUAAAAACGCUGCAGGCUUUGCGUCGAGUACUACUGAACUCAUAGUAGAAGCUCCUCUCUCAGAUCAUGGAUCGGAAAUGACAAUUUUAUCCAGAAAAAGUCUAUCGAGGGAAUCGUCUUUGGCUGAUAUUUUAGAAGGUAUACCACCAACUUUCUCUAAGAAACCAAAGGCUCAAUAUGUCAACGAAGGCUCACAGAUCUUCCUAGAAUGCAGACUGGUUGCUAUUCCAGAACCAGAUAUAGCAUGGUUCUUUAAGGGAGAAGAAAUUGUACCUGAUGAAAAUAUUUCUAUAGCUACUGAGUCAGACAUGCACAUGUACUGCAGUGUUCUAAAAAUAUCUAAUGUCAAGAAAUUGCAAGAAGGCACUUACACAGUUUUAGCGGUAAAUAGAGAAGGUGAGGCCAGUCUGCCGAUCGUUCUUAAGAUAAAAACGGGACAAAAAGAGAAACCGCAGGUUAUAGAACCAUUGAAAAGCUUAACAAUAAGAGAAGGUGAAAGUGUAGUUCUUUCUGCUCAAGUGGUUGGCAACCCUCAACCUACUGUAACGUGGCAUCGAAACAAUAAACCUAUACCGUCUCUGCCUACUAAAUCGGAUGGCGAGACUCACAAUGUAACAAUAAUUAAACCUCGAAAAGGAAAGGAUGACGGCGUGUAUACACUCAAGGCUGUCAAUAGUGAAGGAACUGCUGAAACAAGCGCCGUUAUCACUAUUGAAGAACCAACAGAAGAAAACGCAGAGCCACCGUUAUUCAUUAACCGGUUCCAGGAAAUUACAGUCAAAGAAAAGGGUACUAUUAGACUUUCUGCUAAAGUCACUGGGAAUCCAGUUCCUUCGAUUACAUGGUAUAGAAAUAAUAAAAUCAUCACGCCUUCGGAAACAGUAACUCAAAAAUUCGAUGGUGAGAAUAUUGAAUUAGUGAUUGCCAACGUAGAUUCCGAAAUAGACUCCGGAGAUUACAAAUGUGUAGCAUCAAACAGUGCUGGUAAAGCAUCACAUGGAGCACGGGUUACUAUUGACGUAGAAAAGGUCACGUUUGUGAAGAAGUUAAGAAACACCUAUGAAACUGAAGAAGGAAAGACAAUAAUUUUAGAAUGCCAAACUUCCCAUACAGUGUCUACAAAAUGGUAUCAUAAUGAUAAAGAACUAAGCGGAAUGGAUCAUAGAGAAAUAAUACAAGAGGGCCGUACCCAUAAAUUGCGUAUCAAAAAGACUAAAUUAACAGAUAAAGGUAUUAUUAAAUGCGUAGUAAAAGACCAAGAAACCAGUGCAAAACUUCAAGUACAUGAAACUAUUCCGGAAUUCACACGCAAGCUACAAGAUUUUGAAGUAAAAGAGAAAGAUGUGGCUAUUUUAGAGGUUGAAAUAAAUUCGGAGACAGCAGAUGUUAUUUGGGAACGAGAUGGUGAAAAAAUUAAGCCGAAGAAGAAUAAAUACGAACUAGAGAAGCGCGGGAAUGUCCGGAAACUCCUUAUACGAAACACUUCAGUUCACGACGAAGGUGAAUAUACUUGCAUUCUUCGUGACGACAUGUGUACUGCGGAAGUAACAGUAGUAGAAUUACCGCCAGAAAUAAUUUCACGUCUCCAAGACCAAAAAGUUAACAAAGGAAACAAAGCCACAUUUGAAAUCGAGCUUACGAAAGGUGACGCCUUGGUGCAAUGGUUUAAAGAUGGAGAAGAGAUUCAGUUCUCUAACCACAUGCAGCUUACAAUUGACGGUAAGAAACAAAAAUUAAAAAUAUACGAUUGUGACGAUGAUGAUGCGGGGGAAUAUGCUUGCGAAGUCGGAAGUGAUAGAUGCUCUGCUAAACUUGUUGUUGAAGAACCUUCGGUAGACUUUACGCUUCGUCUUCCGGAAGUGAUCACAGUUCCUGCAAACACUGACGCGUAUUUGACAGUUGAAAUACCGGAUGAAAAUUACGAGGUCACCUGGUAUAAAAAGAAAACCGUCAUAGAAGAUACAGAAAAGUUUACCCUAAUAUCCGAUGUUAAAAAACGUACUCUCAUAAUAAGGAAGUGUACUGAAGAAGAUCAAACCGAAUAUACUGUGUCUCUACUUGACGCAAAAUGUUCCACCAAAUUAAAAGUUGAAGUCAUCGAAUCUCCACCUAAAAUCCUAAACUUCGAGGGUGAAUACAAAAUAAAGAGAGGUGGCGACGUAACCCUUUUAGUUCAGUAUGAAGCGCUGCCACAACCGGUCGAUGAAUGGGUGGUCAAUUCUAAGAUAAUUAAGAAAUCGAAGCAUACAAAACCAUCCAUUGAUUCUGAAAGUGCCAGUCUUACAAUUAAAAAAGUUGAGAAUACUGAUGCUGGAACAUACAAACUACGUCUCGUCAACAACUGCGGUGAAGCCGAAGUCGAAAUAAACGUAGUUGUAAUGGAUAUUUCAUCGCCGCCAGGAAAACCAACACCGUUAGAAACAGAUGAUACAUCAAUAAACAUCUGUUGGAAUGAGCCAGAAAAUAAUGGCAACUCCGUAAUAAUAUGUUACAUAGUUGAGUUCCAGGAGAUUAAUACCACGGAGUGGACAUCCAUUGAAAAUGUCACAAAAACUCAACAUUCUGUAGAUAAUUUAAAGACUAAAUCAUCAUAUAGGUUUAGGAUAUUUGCAGUCAACGAAGUAGGCGUUAGCGAAGCUUCAGAUAUAUCAGAAUAUGUAGUCGUUGAAAAGGUGACCAAGAAACAACCACCUUCUGUCGAGAAACCACUAAAGGAUAUUAUCAUAGGACCUAAUGAAGAUGUAGAAUUAUCGUGUAUUUUCGGUGGUAUUCCACAGCCUAAGGUUGCAUGGUCUAAGGAUGGUAAAAAGCUUAAAACUGCUAAAGCUAGUUAUGACAACAGAGUAGCGACUCUUGUUGUCACUUCCACAGCAACUUCAGAAGGCCAGUACAAAUGCACCGCUUCUAACGAACUUGGUGAAGUCGAUACAACGUGUAUGCUAGAAAUUCAACAAAAACCAAUCAUAAUUGUACCCGACAAAGAAAUAAACCAAAGGCAUAAAGUAGAUGAAGAAUGGUCUGUAACUGCUGCUUUCGAAGGUAUACCAAAGCCUAACAUAAUAUGGUAUAGAAACGGAACCAGAAUAGAAAGCAGCAAAGAGUUGGAAAUAAUUACAACAGAGACAACGAGCACUAUAAGGAUACGUAAAUUGGAUCGAUCACAUUCAAAUAAAUAUACUGUGGAAGCACAAAACAAAGCAGGCAGUAAUUCAGUAGAACUAUCGCUUAAAGUUUACGACAAACCUAGCAAGCCUGAGGGUCCAGUGAUCAUGCGAGAGAUUAGUCGCGAGUCUGUAACUAUUGAAUGGAAGCCUCCCGUCGAUGACGGUGGUUUAGAACUGACUAAAUACGCCAUUGAAAAACACGAGCCGGACACAAACGAGUGGGUGAAGGUGGCAGACGUUGAUAAGACCGCAGAAACAUACUGCAUUCAGCGACUGAACGAGAACUGCGAGUAUAUGUUCCGAGUGAUGGCCCAGAACCCGAUUGGAUACUCGGAAGCAUUAGAGAGCGAGCCUAUAGUCAUCAAACACGCUUUAGAUGUACCAUCACCACCUUUGGGACCCCUCGGCAUCUACGGCAUCGGCAGUGAUUCUCUGACGAUAACCUGGUACCCGUCUGAGAAGAACGGCGGCUCACCAAUCCUCGACUACAGCGUGGAAAUCAAGCAAGAAGGCAAGAAGUGGAAGCAUGUCGCUACAGUAACCAAAACGACGGCCAAAAUUGAAAAGUUGGCCGUCAAUGUCACUUAUGAGUUUAGAAUAUGCGCCAGAAACGAGAUUGGUAGCAGCCUACCAUACACAUCAGACGAGAGAGUGACGAUAGGACAGACGCGUUCCCCGCCGUCCCAGCCGCUCAAGUUCGUGAUCAAGGACGCCACGUCGAGGUCUGUCACACUACAAUGGGCUGCGCCGGAAAGCGACGGUGGAAGCGCCAUAACCAAUUACAUAAUAGAAUACAAGACUGUGAAAGGUAGCUCAUGGAGGAAGGUUAUAACCGUUGGUGGCUCGGUGUACGAGCACUGCAUAGAGAACAUUAAGGACAAGGAGAUUGUGUUCAGGAUAUCGGCUGAGAACGCAAUUGGAGUCGGUCCGGCUACCGAGUCACAGACGGUGCACUUGGAGAAGCAUGCAACUGUGCCAUCGCCGCCGACAGCGCCGCUAGAGAUCAGAACGGUCGGCAGCAACAUUGUGAUGACGUCAUGGGGCACGCCCGAAUGGGACGGAGGUGCACCCCUGCAGGGUUACAACAUCGCUAUCCGUGACGUCACCAAGACUAUGUGGAUGGAGGUCGGCAAGGUCGACGCGAAUACGCUUAAGUUCAACAUCAGGGACUUGAGCGAGGACCAUACGUAUAUGAUCAGGAUAUACGCGCGGAACGAGAUAGGAAUCAGCGAGCCACUCGAAUCUGACGAGCCAUUCAAGGUCCUACCUGGAGAAGGAGAGUCACACGGAGACGAGGAGCUAGGCGAACACACGGAAGCAACCGAGCCCACGUCAUUCAGCACCCAGACCACGACCUCAUGGAUGCGAGAACACAACAUGGACGCCGACAUCCGCUCCUACGCGCGCGGCUCUCUUCUCCGCCGCGACGAGUACUUCUUCAGAAUAUGGCACUACGCCAAACAGCUCUUCAAGUGACACCAACACGGCAUCAAACCAGCACCUGUGAUAUUUAAAACGACAUAGUUCGCAGAUAGUAGAAGCGUCCAUCCUUUUAUAAUUUUAUAACAGUUUUUGUAGCAAUACAUAAUUUAUUUUAGAUAAGGUUAAAUUAUUUAUUUAUUUUAAUUUAUUGCCUGACACGGUUCGAGUCGCAUCCGAUACCGUUGGGAGACGUGUUAAAUAUAGGUGCAAAAUAUUUAUUCGAUAAAUCGAAUGAGGCUCGAAUUUACGUCAGGUUUUAUUUGAAAUUGAAUAUUAUUUAUUAUAUAAGUGCAAUUAUGAA